UGGAUCACGGACAAAUACGGUAACCAUGUGAUGUGGGUGCCAGACGAGUAUCGUGAUUCUCUACUGUGGCGAGGGAUGGUCAAGGUCAUGGGGCGCGAGUCACUCACCAUAGAUUUCUCGGAUGCUUUCUCUGGAACCGAGUGGGCGAGAUGUUACAAGGCUCGGCUUUCUACUUAG